GCCCCUGACCUGGAGCUGCUCAGGGCUGGGUUACCCCAUCUCUGGCCUGUGUGCACCAGGUGCCACAGCAGUGUGACAGCCCCUCACCAUCAAGUGUGUCACGUCUGCUGCCUGCCCAAGGAAGGACCACAGGAACUGGUGUCAAGCCCCAGGGUGCAGCCAGGGCACGGCUGAGCAGGUCACAAGUGCCAAGAGGGAAGUGAGUCACUCACCUGGGAGCCAGCCCCACGCCCUCUUUCCUGUCAGAGCCUCUUCCCAGACAGGAGCACACACACACACGGCUCAGCCCUGCUGGUCUCUCCCCUUGCAGCACAGUCCUGGUGGGCUGGGGCCUGUGACUGAGCUGGAGCAGGUGCUCUGUGCCCCCAAGGAUCAUCAGAAGCAGAGACACUCUGAGGAAAAAGCCUUAAGGACUCUCCAGACUUUUGCUGCGCCUAAUUGCCUUUCCUCUACAGCCUAUUUUAUUUCUCAUUUCCUUGGUGAUGUCAACAUUUCCUCUCCUCUAGUGACUCUGCAGUCAUGCUACAGUUGCUCCCAUUCUGGUGCCCUGCUCUAAAGAGCUGCCAGUGCAGAGACUGUCCAGCCCCAGGGCAGGGAAAAUAACAUCUGGGAGACAUCCAAGCAUCCUCAGUGAAACCCUCUCUGCUGCUAAGGCUGAAGAUGGACCUAUUGUGCUGAAUUUUUUUCAACUCUGGUAAGAAGAAAACUGUGUCAGGAAACUGAGCUUCAGACGUGGCCACUCAGCACCAUGAUGUCUGGAAAAGGCAAAGGAGGUGCAGAAGGCAGUGCUGAUUCCUACAUUCCAUGCCACAUAGACUCUGAGUUCCGCUACAGCCUCUUCACUGUUUUCUACAGCAUUAUUUUCAUUCUAGGCUUUGUUGCCAACUGCUACGUUCUCUGGAUUUUCAGCCGUAUUUACCCCACCAAGAAACUCAAUGAAAUCAAGAUUUUCAUGGUGAACCUGACAGUAGCUGACUUGCUCUUCUUAAUUACAAUGCCAAUGUGGAUUGUUUACUACCACAACCAUGGAGACUGGAUCAUGCCUGAGUUCCUCUGUAACGUGGCUGGCUGGUUUUUUUUUGUUAAUACCUACACUUCUGUUGCCUUUCUGAUGGUCAUCACAUACAACCGUUACCAAGCUGUGACUAAUCCUAUUAAAGCUGCUCAGCUGACCACCCAGAGAAGAGGGAUCUACUUAUCAGCAGCUAUCUGGAUCAUAAUAGUGGGCAGCUCUUUGUAUUAUCUUUUUGACAAUAAUACUAUUCCAGAGGAGGUGGACUCCAAGAAUUUCACGCGGUGCUUUGAGCGCUACGACACCACGGGCGGUGUUUCAGCUGUUCUUGCCAUUCAUGUCAUCAUCUGCAUCCUCUUCUACAUCAUUUUCCUUUUAAUACUAGGCUGGAACGUUGUCAUCAUCAGGACCCUGUUCUCCAAGUCAGUGCGCCCACGGAAGAGCGCUCACGUCAAGCAGAGGGCCCUGUGGAUGGUGUGCACGGUGCUGGCCGUGUUCAUCAUCAGCUUUGUGCCCCACCACAUCGUGCACCUGCCCUGGACCCUGACUGUCCUGGAGCAGUGGCAGAAGGAGAACUGUCAGCUGCGCCAGCAGCUCAACGACGCUCACCAGGUGACUUUGUGCCUCUUGAGCACCAACUGUGUGCUGGACCCGAUCAUCUACUGCUUCCUCACCAAGAAGUUCCAGAAGCACGUUUCAGAAAACCUGAAAAGCAUGAGAGGGAGCCGCAAAUGCUCCAGGCAAACGACUGAUACAAUCAUUGAGGGCACUGUUCACCAAGAGGAUGGCGUCAGGAUCUGUUAGGGCCACUUGGUGUUUUCUGAUUGCACAUGGAGAGGUGGGAAUUAUUCACUCAUCUUUUCUCAAGAAGAGGUACCAAGGGACACAACAGAGGACCAGGAUUUUACAUUUUCUUUUUCCCAUUAGACAGAAGAAUGGAUGCUCAGUUCUUCUGUCACAUGCAAAGGGCAGAACUGGAACCUGCAGUAAUUUGGCAGCAAAGCUCCUUGUGUCCAGGCUGGUGUUCUCAUGGGCACUGAGAACAGCUCAGAUGACUGCUUUAACAUGAAAAAAAAUGUGUCACUGAGCCUCUGCAGUGAGCAGCUAGAAGCUGAGUGUACCAAAAUUACCCACUGUGUCAGUCCAGACAGCACCAACCUGCUCCUCUGCCUGCCCAGCUCUCACAGUGGAUCCAGUAUCAGAGCUGUGAGGGACUUCUGAAAUACCUGGAAGAACACAUGGAGCUCUGAGUGCCAUCAGGGGGCUCUUCUAAGCAGCUUACAUGGUCUGGUGAAGAGAGUCUGAGCUAAUGAAGCUCCUGAGUGGCUGUAAGGGACACAGUCCAUGGAAUUCCUCAGCUGCUGUCAAAGAGAUCUGCACCUCUGAUCCCUUCAUUCCUUCUUAGCAGCUCACACGGUCUGCUGCGAUCCAAACAGAUGUCUGGGAGCAGCUAUUAUGAAUCUUUACUUGCAAAUCUUGGGUCAGCAAAGUAGGGAAGGGAAGGAAAGGAAGAGAAAUUGGCAGUCCCUAGCUUACCUCCCCCCUCCCUCCACCAGAUCAGCAUUAUUGCCAAAGGACACUAUGGUCUGCCCUGGCUUCCUGUGUGAAAGCAGAACUGGCCAGCCAGUGGCCUGUGCACUCAGUUCAGUAAUUUCUGACUGACUGCAGACAACCAGUCUUGCUCAGGAGGCUCCAGAUAACAGAGGGCUACUGUCAGCAUGGGCAUUACGAUAAGGAAAAAAAAAAAAAGCUUAAAAUGCUUCUGUAUCUUUCUACUUAUUUAUUUAAUUUAGGAUUAGAGCCAUUACAUUAUUUUUUCCUCCAUCCUGUUGAAGCUGACUAGUUCUUGAUCUACAGCAAGUGAAGUGUUAGGUCAGGACACUUGACAGAGAAAUAAUUCACACACUCCAUGCCCAGGGCAAAGUGGUUUUCCAUGGGUGCUGAGUUCUGUUACCAGUCAUGAGACACUUGGGGUUCCUUUUCUAACCCAAAUUGCUCAAUCUGGCACAGGAAAUUGGGCAGGGAAGGGAACUUACUUGUUUUCACAACAGUUGUUGGUUCCCUAAAUGUCCUGGUCUGUUGAUGACAGGAGCAGGGUAUCUGACCUGUGACACCAAUUGUUCAUGUGCAGGACAGCAGCCCUCCCAUACCUGCCUAAGAAGAGGAGAGAUAAACUCAAGCCUUUCCAAAGACAGGACCAAUAUUUGUACUGCUUUGCCAGCGGAGACACAGGUCCUUCAGAUGUAUCCUCUGGAGCUCCCCAGGCAGCUUUUGUCCCUCUUUGUUCCAGUAAGGAAAAGAAUUAAGAUGUUUAUUUUUCUAAGGCCAUUGCCAGGGCCAGCCCUGCACUCCAGGCCCAGUGCCAGAGUCUGAUCACAAUAAGAGUGCAUCUCCCUCCUAGUCCUGGGCUCUGCUCCAGUAAUAGCCACCCAAAAUAAACAUUUGCCAGUACCUUAUGCUCCUCAGACACCUUCAAAGAUGCACUCUGAAUCUGCAGAGCCACAGCAUGCAGCAAGGGAGCAAUUUUUGUAAUUUGAAAAUGAGAAUCUGCCUCUAUUUCUGCACUGUUCUGUGAGCACAUUUUGGAUGAGGAGCUCUCACAGCUGGCAGAGGGGAGGACCUGCCUUCCCCCUUGGCUCCCAGCAAUAGUGGAGCUCUCAUUUCACAGACCCUAAAGCCCUGAUGGAUGGAGCUUGGCAACUCUCGGAGGAAAUGGAAAAUAUUUUUACAUGGAAAGCUGGCAUGAUCUUCCACUGGUUCUUGGAAAGCUUGUGGGAGUUUACAGUUCAGGUCUUUACCACGGGUACGUAACAGCCUUUAUUCCACAGCAAGCACUGUGGGCUCAGGGAACAAACAUAAACUUGCAUCUGAGGAAAAGGAUAAGCAGAGAGAAAAGCCCCAGGGCCACUUCAGGAGAUGUUAUGCUAAUUAUUCUGUAAAAAUGCAUUUCUAAAAUACAGGCUAAGCUGCUACUUCUGUUCCUGGAAAUACUUUCUUGGUCUUACUGCAAUGUUGCAUUACUCUGCUUUACCUUGCGAUGAAAUGGAUCCUCAAAAGAUCUUUUAAAUAAAGUGCGUUCCCCAAGUGUUUUUUUGCCCUUUAA